AUGAUGCUGCACACCGUCCGGUUUCUCUGCUCCGUCGCCGCCGCCUUCGUGCGCGAGCUUCGCAAGGCCGCCGUCAUGGCUGCGUCGGCGCGCUCCCCGGUAGCCUCGCAAGGAGAGGAGGAAGCAUCGUCGGCGAAGGAGGACGCCGUGUCGGCGGCGAUCAGAGGCGCCUACUUGAAGACCGACAGCGAGCUCCUCACCCUGCAGGGUGCAAGCGGUGGUGCAUGCAUCGCGACGGCGCUGGUGAAGGGCGGCGACCUCUACGUGGCGCACCUGGGCGACUGCCGCGCCGUGCUCAGCCGCGACGGCGCCGCGGCCGCGCUGAUGGCCGACCACACCUGCGCGAGGGAGGACGAGCGGGCCCGCGUCGAGCGGGAGGGCGGCUACGUGAGCUGCAGUGGCAGCGGUGUGUGGGGUUCCUACUCGGUCUAA